CUCCACCCUGCAAAUGUCCCGCUGCAGGACGGAGAGGACAGCUGUGAGGGUCUGAUAAUAUUUCUCCUGCGCAUUCCUCCAUCACUCAGUUCCCGACUCCAGAAGGCUGAGCCUCGGCCGCGCUGCAGCGUCAGGAGCAGAAACCCGUCGCCAUGUCCAUCCGGAGGCUGUGGAGCAACCCCAAAACGCUGGGGGACGUCAAUAUGGUGACAGAGGAGCUGAAGAGUCUGUACUACAGGAGGCUGCUGCCCAUAGAGAAAUACUACUCCUUCCAUCACUUCCACUCCCCGAGCUAUGAGGACGCCGACUUCGACAACAAGCCAAUGGUGCUGGUGAUGGGUCAGUACUCCACGGGCAAGACUACCUUCAUCAGGUAUCUCAUAGAACAGGACUUUCCUGGGAGCAGAGUCGGGCCCGAGCCGACCACCGACUGCUUCACCGCCCUCAUGCACGGGGAGGCAGAAGAGACCACGCCCGGAAAUGCGCUCACGGUGGACCCGAAGAGGCCCUUUCGCAACCUCGACACGUUUGGAAAUUCUUUUCUGAACAGGUUUCAGUGCGUUCAACUGCCAAACCAGCUGCUUGAGAGCAUCAGCAUCAUCGAUACCCCGGGGAUCUUAACUGCUGCCAAAAGACGGCUGAGUCGAGGCUACGACUUCCCGGCGGUGCUGCGCUGGUUCGCCGAGCGCGUGGACCGAAUCAUCCUCCUGUUCGACUCCAACAAGCUGGAGUUCUCCGAUGAGCUCACCCGGGCUUUCGGGGCUCUGUUUGGCUUCGAGGAGAAGCUGCGGGUGGUUCUGAACAAAGCGGACGCCGUGGACUCCCAGCAGCUCAUGAGGGUGUACGGCGCCCUCAUGUGGUCGCUGGGGAAAGUGUUCCGCACCCCGGAGAUCCUGCGGGUUUACAUCGGGUCUUUCUGGUCGGAGCCGAGGCAGGUCUGCAGCCACUACCGCCUCAUCGCGCUGGAGGAGGAGGACCUGUUGGCCGACAUAAGGAACCUGCCGCGCAACGCCGCCGUGCGCAAGCUGAAUGACCUGGUGAAGAGGGCGCGGCUGGUGAGGGUGAGGCAGCGACUCGCGUGCCGACACACGCCGAGGGCACCCGGCGCGUCAGUCAGCUGCGUUUGCUUCCCUCCCCCACAGGCCCACGCCCACAUCAUCAGCCACCUGAAGCAGGAGAUGCCCACCAUCUUUUGCAGAAGAAGCAAGAAGCACGAGCUGAUCUACCAGCUUCCUGUCAUUUUCACCAAGAUCCAGCAGCAGCAUCACAUCCCAGCUGGCGACUUCCCUGACUGCACCAAGAUGCAGGAGAAACUCCUGGGUCAAAAUUUCUCAAAGUUCAAGCCGCUGAAACCGAGUCUAAUGGCCUCCCUGGACAAACUUCUGAGCAGCGACAUUGCAAAAGUGAUGCCCCUGCUCCAGCAACAGGAGCUGAGGAAGCGGUCGCUGCCGAGCGUGCUGGACGGCGAGCUCAUGGGGACGUUCAGGCCCGAGCACCACCGGAGGGACCCAUUCAAAGAACCCCCCAAGGACGACGGGAGCGGCGAGACGGACCCGGACGAGUGGGCUGUGGAGAAGCACAGGCCCAAGUACGACGAGAUCUUCCACAACCUCAGCCCGCGCCAGGGCAAGCUGAGCGGCGCCAAAGUCAAGGAGUGGAUGCUGAGCACCCUCCUGCCCAACUCGGUGCUGGCCCACGUCUGGAGGCUGUCCGACGUGGACGGGGACGGCAUGCUGGACGGCGAGGAGUUCGCGCUGGCCGUCCACCUGAUCGAGGCGAAGCUGGAGGGGCACUGGCUCCCCCGGGAGCUGCCCCCUCACCUGGUGCCGCCCUCGAAGCGGCAGAGCGCCGGCAACAGCGACGCCUAAAGGACCUCGGACGGCUUUGAGCGCGUUCUUUAUAUCUGACGCCAUAAUACCACAUGCAGCCGCGGGAUGGGGCCAGGUGGGCACUCACGCAGGUGGCAGAAGCGGCCGUAUAAUCCCGGGGAGCACAGGCAGCCGCCGUACAGACGGUGGCAGUGGCCGUCGUUGGGACAGUUGCACUUUCGUCUGCAGCGGCUUCCGAAGUAGCCCCUCGGACAACCUGGAAACACACGCACGCCCCAAAAUGCCUUGAUUAGAGGCCACGUGUCGAAUCAGGUGUAAAGUCAGCAAGUAAAUCAAAAAAUGAAUUGUCUGAAUAUCAACAUUGACCCAAUUCCAUUCUCCAUAUAAGCAAUUAUGUUUCAGGUGAAGUAAUAAAGCAUUUAAAUCAGA